CUUGGAUAAUAUAGAUCAUAGCAAAGGAAAAUUGCUAAACUGGCAAAAGCGCAAUCACAUAAUAGGUGGAAUUGCUAGAGGCCUUAUGUAUCUUCAUCAAGAUUCUCGAUUGAGGAUUGUACAUAGAGAUCUCAAAGCAAGUAAUAUUUUACUUGAUGAUAAUUUAAGUUCAAAAAUAUCAGAUUUUGGAAUGGCUAGACCUUUUAGAGGAGAGCAAAACGAAGAAAGUACAAAUAAAAUUGUUGGAACUUUGUGAGUGUCUAAUUAACUGUAUACAUCAUUUUGUUUAUCAUGAUAAUCAUUGUAUUUUAACAUUUUGAAUGAUUUUUUUACAGUGGAUACAUGGCACCAGAGUAUCUCCUUGAUGGAUUAUUUUCGGUAAAAUCUGAUGUUUACAGUUUUGGCGUUUUAUUGCUAGAGAUUAUAAGUGGGAAAAAGAAUAGAAGAUCCCAUGCAAAGCAAUCAUCCCUUAACCUCAUUGAUCAUACAUGGGCACUGUGGAAAAUGGGCAAUGCUUUCCAAAUAAUUGACCCAAACAUUGAAGACUCAUGCAUUGAAUCUGAAGUAUUGCGUUUCAUCCAUAUUGCUCUAUUGUGCGUACAACAUUGUCCAGAAGAUAGACCUAAUAUGACCUCAGUAGUUCUAAUGUUAAGUAGUGAGAUGGAAUUGGAUCAGCCUAAAGAGCCUGGUUUUUUCACUAGGAGGGAAAAUGUUGAAGCAAAUUCAUGCACAAGUUACCCAAGUUCAAAUAAUGAAAUUAGCAUAACCUUAUUAACUGGCAGGUAAAAACCAAAGUUAUAAAAUAAUGUAUGUAUAUAUGGCUAGGAUCAAAGUGUAUCUAACUUUAAGAA